CAUUCGUCAGUAGCACCGCCUCCUCUCCCUGCCGCCGCCUCCGCGCGCCUCCUCCGUCGCCGAUGGCUGGCAGCCCACCGCGCAAAUGCGACGACGAUGGUAUCAUGGACUUCAUUCCUCGUCACGAUCUGGUGAAGCCGAUCCCUCGUUCUAUGGCGCGGUUUGUGCGCGACUACGACAUCGUCCGUAUCGGCAAGAUGUUGUCGGCUCCUGAUGGUGAUCGUUCCUUCGCGGAAAAGUGGGAAUACAUAAAAAAUAAUUUAGAAUCAUACAGGAAGCCUAAUGCUCAUAGUGCUAUCCACAACGAGAAUGAUGAUGAGGAUGACGAGGAUGAGAUGGACGAGGAUGACGAACUGGAGUCGGCUGGUGAUGAAAAGAAACGCUCUAUUGAUGUAGAGCUGCAAGUCCCUAAUGAAGGUGAACGAAAAUGCAAGAAUCCAAGAUUAGCAGAAAGCUUAAGUGCCGGGCAGAAAAAAAAAAUUGAGGAUGGAGAAAUAAGGAACUCCUUUUAGUCGGCUUGGUAACGAUUUACUUGUAAACAUAUUCAUUACUGUGAUAGACUUGUUUCUC